GGGGCGGAGCCCGCGCAUGCGCGUCCACUGUCCGCGGGGGCGGGGCGCCGCUUUCGUCCAACAUGGCGCAGGCUGGCGGCAGCCCCGGGGGCCGGGGGCCGAGCGGGGCGCGCUGGGGACGCGCGGGGGGCGCCCACGAGAAGCUGCCGGUGCACGUGGAAGACGCUCUCACCUACCUGGACCAGGUCAAGAUCCGCUUUGGCAGCGACCCUGCCACCUACAACGGCUUCCUGGAGAUCAUGAAAGAGUUCAAGAGCCACAGCAUUGAUACCCCAGGGGUCAUCCGCCGGGUCUCGCUCCUCUUCCACGAGCACCCCGACCUCAUCGUGGGGUUCAACGCCUUUCUGCCCCUCGGCUACCGCAUCGACAUCCCUCGGGGCGGCGAGAAGGAGGGCGCGCACGGCCCCGGGGAGGCCGCCGAGGGGCCGAGGCCGCCGGGCCGGGAGCGCGGCCGGGAGCCGGGGCCGCUGGAGGCCGACUCGGUGGAGUUCAGCAACGCCAUCAGCUAUGUGAACAAGAUCAAGACGCGCUUCCUGGACCACCCCGAGGUCUACCGCUCCUUCCUGGAGGUGCUGCACACCUACCAGAAGGAGCAGCUGGGCGCCAAGGGCCGGACGUUCCGGGGCAUGUCGGAGGAGGAGGUCUUCACGGAGGUGGCCAACCUCUUCCGGGGCCAGGAGGACCUGCUGUCCGAGUUCGGACAGUUCCUGCCCGAGGCUAAGCGCUCGCUGUUCACGGGUGGCGGCCCCUGUGAGCUGAGCGGCGGCGGCGCCAGGAGCGAGCCCGAGAAGGGGCUGGAGCACAGCAAGAAGCGCGCCCGGCCCUCCCUGCUGCGGCCCGUGUCUGCGCCUGCCAAGAAAAAGAUGAAGCUGCGGGGCACCAAGGACCUGUCGCUGGCCGCGGUGGGCAAGUACGGCACGCUGCAGGAGUUCUCCUUCUUCGACAAGGUGCGCCGCGUGCUGCGGAGCCAGGAGGUUUACGAGAACUUCCUGCGCUGCAUCGCGCUCUUCAACCAGGAGCUGGUGUCGGGCUCCGAGCUGCUGCAGCUGGUCAGCCCCUUCCUGGGCAAGUUCCCGGAGCUGUUCGCGCAGUUCAAGUCCUUCCUGGGCGUGAAGGAGCUGGCGGGGGCGCCGGCGCUGGAGCGCGCGGGGGCCGCGGGCCGCGAGGUGGACUACGCCUCCUGCAAGCGCAUCGGCUCCAGCUACCGCGCGCUGCCCAAGACCUACCAGCAGCCGCGCUGCAGCGGCCGCACCGCCAUCUGUAAGGAGGUACGGGGCGCAGGCGGGCGGCCCACUGCAAACUCCCACUGCAAACUCAGGACAGACGUGACAGCCGGUGGCCUGUCCCCGGCGCCCCACUGCCCCCCACAGGUGCUCAACGACACCUGGGUGUCCUUCCCCUCCUGGUCCGAGGACUCCACCUUCGUCAGCUCCAAGAAGACGCCCUACGAGGAGCAGCUGCACCGCUGCGAGGACGAGCGCUUCGAGCUGGACGUGGUCCUGGAGACCAACCUGGCCACCAUCCGCGUGCUGGAGAGCGUGCAGAAGAAACUCGCCCGCAUGGCGCCCGAGGACCAGGACCGCUUCCGGCUGGACGACUGUCUGGGCGGCACCUCCGAGGUCAUCCAGCGCCGCGCCGUGCACCGCAUCUACGGCGACAAGGCCCCCGACAUCAUCGAGAGCCUCAAGAAGAACCCCAGCGCCGCCGUGCCCGUGGUGCUCAAGAGGCUCAAGGCCAAGGAGGAGGAGUGGCGGGAGGCCCAGCAGGGCUUCAACAAGGUGUGGCGCGAGCAGUACGAGAAGGCCUACCUCAAGUCGCUGGACCACCAGGCCGUGAACUUCAAGCAGAACGACACCAAGGCGCUGCGCUCCAAGAGCCUGCUCAACGAGAUCGAGAGCGUCUACGACGAGCACCAGGAGCAGCACUCGGAGGGCCGCGGCGCCCCGGCCAGCGAGCCGCACCUCAUCUUCGUGUACGAGGACCGCCAGGUCCUGGAGGACGCGGCCGGCCUCAUCGGCUUCUACGUGCAGCGCCAGCCGGCCAUCCAGAAGGAGGACCAGGCCACCAUGCAGCACCUGCUCCUACGCUUCCUGCCUGGCCUCUUCUUCUCCCAGCGCCUCGACCCCGUCGCCGCCGCGGGUGCAGCCGCCUCCGAGGAGUCCACCGGGCCUUCCGCACCCACCCCCGAGUCCCCCGCAGAACGCGAUCGCGGCGACCGCAGAAAGGGGGCACCCGGCAGCCCCCCGGCUCCACCGCCGGCCCCGGAGAAGGGGUCCCCCCGGGACACGCCCCCCGCGCCUGCGGGCCCCGCCCCCGCCUCCGAGCAGCCCGCCUCCCCGCCGCCGCCGCCGCCCCCCCCGCCCCCGCCCCCGCCGCCUGCGGACGACGUGUACAGCCUGCUGUUCGCCAACAACAACUGGUACUUCUUCCUGCGGCUGCACCAGACGCUGUGCGCGCGGCUGCUGCGCAUCUACCGCCAGGCGCAGCGACAGCUGCUGGAGCACCGCGCCGAGCAGGAGCGGCUCCGCUUGCUGGGCCCCGGCCGCCGCGAGCGCGCCAGCGACCCGGCCAUGGAACUGCGUCUCAAGCAGCCGAGCGAGGUGGAGCUGGAGGAGUACUACCCCGCCUUCCUGGACAUGGUGCGCAGCCUGCUGGACGGCAGCCUGGACCCCACGCAGUACGAGGACGCGCUGCGCGAGAUGUUCACCAUCCACGCCUACGUGGGCUUCACCAUGGACAAGCUGGUGCAGAGCGUCGCCCGCCAGCUGCACCACCUGGUGAGUGACGACGUGUGCCUGAAGGUGGUGGAGCUCUACCUCACCGAGCGGCCCCGGGGGGCGGCUGGCGGCAGCCUCUCCUCCCGCUGCGCCCGCGCCGCCCGUGAGACCAGCUACCAGUGGCGGGCGGAGCGCUGCAUGGCGGACGAGAACUGCUUCAAGGUGAUGUUCCUCCAGCGGAAGGGCCAGGUGAUCAUGACCAUGGAGCUGCUGGACACGGAGGAGGCGCAGGCGGAGGACCCUGUGGAAGUCCAGCAUCUGGCGCGCUAUGUGGAGCAGUACGUGGGCCCCGAGGGCGCGGCCGGCUCGCCCCGCGAUGGCUUCCUGCUCAAGCCCGUGUUCCUGCAGAGGAACCUGCGGCGCUUCCGGCGCUGGCAGUGCGCCCAGGUGCGGGCCCUGCGCGGGGCCCCGGGCGCGUGGCGGCGGCUGGUGGGCGUGGAGAGCGCGUGCGGCCUGGACUGCCGCUUCCGCCUGGGCUCCCACAAGAUGCUGUUCGCCGCGGCCGCCGAGGACUACAUGUACCGGCGCGGCACGCUCGGCAGGGCCCGCCAGGUGCAGCCCCUGGUGCUGCUGCGCCACCACCGGCACUUCGAGGCCUGGCACGGGCGCUGGCUGGCGCGGCACGUGUCGCCGGAGGCGGCGGGGCUGGCGCAGGACUGGCUGAUGGGCGAGGCGGCCGCCGACCUGCUGCCCUGCACCACCCUGCGGGAGCCCGCCCGCCUGCACGGGCUGCCCGUCACCCGCUACCGCGUGCACUUCCCGCGCCGCCCCGCCUCGCCCUGACCCCGCCCCCCCCCACCCCGCAUGCCCCGCCCCGCCUCGCCUCUAUUUAUUUGCGCCCGUUCCGCAGUUCCGCC